AUGAAAAAUUACACUGAUGCUGGUCAUAUGAGAGGGAAAUAUUACAAUAUGUCGGAUGAAGUUCCAGAAUUUACAUCCGAUUAUAGCAAAUUUGGAGUAAAAGGCUAUGCCGUGUUUUGGCACAUGCUCUUGCUUAGUUUUGUCAAUAUGGCAUUUGGCAUUUUCCCCUCCACAGUCUUCAUAGGAUUAACCCUAUCAGUAAUAUACGCAUGCACCGCUUCUCUCGACUUUAUCCGUGGCCAACCGAUGACAUGUCCUCGAAAGUACGACCCAAAAUUUUAUGCGAUACCUGGGAUUGACAAUCCGCUUAACUUAACAUGUCAAUAUCACAUUAAAGUAGCCAUUGCAUCUUGGGUAAACGUAGGAAUUUUCGUGUUUUGCAUUCUAAUUUAUUUUUUAUUUAUUCCAAUGGGAAUAAUGGCUUAUAUAACGAGUGUAAAAUUAGCACAAUUCAUUAAAAACGAAUGGGCGUAUAGGAAGGAUUGUUAUGUAGAAUGGAAGUUGCAAAAAGAUUAUCUGAGAAAUGAAAGGGACGGUUCCAGAAAUGUAAAUACGGAAACCAGAAAUGUAAAUACGGAAAGCAGAAAUGAUGUUGCAAUUGAUAUAAGUAGAAAUUAA